AGCAUGCUAAGCGUUAGCAGACUAGCGGUAAAGCGUACUUCAACUGAGUCGUAAACAGAAAGCGUCGGUCUCGUCACGGUGUGUGGGACGAGUACAGAGCAGGAUGGAUCGUAGCCCGGCGGAGGGCGAGGACACGACGUGACACGAAAACGCUGUGUCCUUUUUCAGAAGCUCGCGUUUGAUGAUCAGACAUUAGCCUGGACGCUAAGGACACAAAAAGAGAAAUGGAAAUGAACGAUACCAACACAAAUCCGGUUAAUAAUGCCGCCAUAGUGCGCGGGGGUGGGGGGGUGGCGCUCUCACACGCUGUCAUGCACCGAAAGAAAGGAAAAAGAAAAGAAAAAAGAAAAAAGGACAUGAGAGGAGGACAAGACAGAGAGACGUGCUGGAUGGAGAGGAGACUCCACUGGAGGUCAUUUCAGUGCCUCAUCAAAGAUGGCCGCCACUAGCAGGCAGGUGCUUUCAUCAGUAGGUGCUUCGCUCUUCAAGCGCGGCUAAUGCUAACCCUCGCUUUAACAUUCAAAUAUUCUCCUUUUAUUUGCCCCGUCUCUUUUCUCUUUGGCCCCGGCGAAGGGAGCGAGGGCGCUCGAGGAGGCGUGAGGGCAUGAGAGGAGGCCUUAUUGUGCCUGGCGCUCAAAGCCACCACGUCAAUUAUUCUGCCUGCUGGGUGUAAAAACGGGGGCAAAAACACACUUGCAUCAAAGAGAACCAUGCAGAAGGGGGCAAGUUUAAGCUCCAUAAGGAAGAUGUUUCAAUAACUGCAGGGGGCAAAUCCCAUAAUGCACUGCGACUAAUCCACUCAGAGAACUUCAACAGAGUGACACACACACAGCAGGUGCUGGUUAAAAAUAACCAGUUUCUUCUGUAAAUCUUCAGCGUUAGGCGUUAAGAGCCAAGAUCCAGGAUGAGAUCAGGACAUCUGAUGAGGUCAUGAGAUCUUCAGCGUAGCAGUGGAAGGAAAACCAUGUGGAGAUACACAGAGACACAGGAAACAGAGGGGCCCCAGCAAUGAGCUGUGAGGAACACCUGGAGAAGGUUUCAUGGAGCAGCCAUGGAUCCUCGUCAUGAGGACAUGAGCAUGUGACUGCAGGACUUAUCCAGAGCGACUUACAAGAGUGCUGUGAAGUCUCUAUCAGUGGAACAUCUACACAGGUUCUGAUAGGUCACAGACUCAUGAUACCAUCAGCCUAAAAACAGGGAAAAUAACAGCUAGUGUUAGUGUUUCAGGAAGAGGUAGGUCUUCAUCUGUCGUUUGAAGUCAGUGACUCAGGUGUUUGGACAUCUCAGGGAAAUUCAUUCCACCACCUCGGUGCAGAACAGAGAAGAGCCUAGAUGUAGACAUACCUCUGAACCUGAGAGAUGGUGGACCAGUGGAGCAGUGCUAUUGGAUCUGAGUGAGUGAGGUGCAGUGUGAGGAGUAAUAAGAGCUUUGAGGUCAGAUGGUGCUGGUCAGUUUUUGGCUUUGUAAGUAAGGGUCAGUGUUUUGAAUCAGAUGCAGCUCCCAGAAGCCAGUGGAGGAGCAGCAGUGUGGUGGUGUGGGAGAACUUAGGCAGGUUGAAAACAAGUCAGACAGCAUUUUGGAUCAUUUGCAGUGGAUGAAUUGUAUUCAGAGGAAGACCUGCUAGUAAAGAGUUGCAGUAGUCCAGUCUCCAAAUGACCAGAGACUGAACAAGCACUUGAGUAGCCUGUGUGGAUUGAAAUGGCUGAAUCCUUCUGAUGUUGAACAGAAGAAACCGACAUGAGCGUGUCACAUUAAUAACAUGGGAGGAAAAGGACAGUUGAUUGUCCAUGGUUACCCCAAGGUUGUGAACAGUGGCUGAAGAGGAGAUCAUGGAGUUGUUCAGAAAUAUCGCAAGAUCCUGGGCUGGGGAUGAAUCACCUGGGAUGACCAGCAGUUCAGAUUUGCUGGGACUGAGUUUCACACACACACACACACACACACACACACACUGAGCUUUUUGAUGUCACACUUAAUACACAAAUCUACUGUUUACACAAAACAUCCUUCAUAAGAUGGUGUUAAAGAGGUAACGUAAACCUUCAGAGGAACCAAGAUGAGGAAUCCUCAGAAUGAUGUGAACACCUCCAGCUCAUAGUCCAGACAUCUCCUGAUCUUGCUGCUGUGUGGAUCCUUCUUCUGUUAUUGCCAGGAAGCAAGGUUCUGAAAGGCACCUGGGGUUUGAGGUAGUGGACGUAAGAUCUCAGGUUGGUAGGAGUAGGGUUCUGAUGGGAACCAGAGGAUGUUAGGAGCAGGAGGCACAGGAAGUUCCUUCUCCCACCUGGAUCCCCACUUUGAAGGAGUUUAUGCACCUUGUGAUGGCUGGUGUAGGAAUACAGACAGGACAUUUUGGAUCUGGAGGUCAUAGGUCAUAGACCUCAUGAUAGAUGGAGCUGGAGAUCGGAGCCAGAGCUUUUGGUCCACAGGUGGGAUGUGGGUGGAACCAGGUGCUGAUGGAUCUCAGACUGCUAAAAGAAGGUUUAGGACGUCAUCAGGAUAGAGUAAUGGCAUAUUCUGAAUAGUGGUCACUCAAAACUUCUGGACGCUACUUCAUGUUUUCUUCUAGUGUUUUUAUGAAAUCUUUUUUGAAAUGGAGUUAAUGAGACUGAGAAGCUCUACACCACUGAGAGCUGGAGCACCAGAACAGAUUACAUCAUCACAAGUGUCUUAACUUCAGGCAGAUGUGUGUGUGUGUGUGGGUGUGUGUUUGUGUGUGUGUUUUAGCAGACAGGUGCAGCAGAAUGCUGACAUGCCAUGCCGCAGUACGUCAGACCCUCUAUGGGGUGACCUUACACACACCUCACCUCACGUCUCGUCUUCUUCACCUUCCUUCUCCCUGGGGUCAGAGAGACUGAGAGCCGGGUUCAUGCGUGAUUCAUGAGUGUGUGUGUGUGUGUGUGUGUCUCCUGUGGAUGACUGAAAGGUCAGGCUCAUUGUCUUAGCGAGUGCUUAAGGAAGAACCUCACGCUGGGUUAUUAAUUAUUUCUCAGUGUUUCGUCUUUUGGGACCGUCACAUUAUAAUACACUUUUACACACACACACACACACACACUUGUUUAAAACCUGUCAGAUUCCUCACACACACACACACACACACACACAGACAGGAUGUAUGAACUUUGCUCAUUUUGUUAAUGAAUGGAUUGUAACAGUCACUCAGUGUGCUGCAGUAUGGAAUAAAGUGGAAAGAUAAACAAAAAAACAAACAAACAAACAAACAAACAAACAAAUAAAUAAAUAAAAUAAUUUAUUAUUUUAAAUAUAUAUUAUUAAUUUAAAACACCAGAAAUAAAUAACACACAGAUCAUAAUGAGGACCUGAAACCCCACAAGUCAGCACUCAUACUAUGUGUGUGUGUGUGUGUGUGUGUGUGUGUGUGCACGCUAAAUAUUUCCCAGCAGCAGCAGUUAAUGAAUAUGUAUUCAUAAAUCACUUGUGUAUCUCUCUCUCUCUCUCUCUCUCUCUCACACACACACACACACACACUCUCUCUCUCUCUCUCUCUCUCUCUCUCUCUCUCUGUCUCUCUCACCCCCCCCCUCCAUCAGUGCUGGAUGAAGAGCUCAUCCUCCUCUCUCUGACAGUUCACACACUCCAUCGUGUCAACAGAUGAGUGUAGGGUUAUUAAAGGACCACACCUUUGUCCAGAUCCUGUGCGUCUGCAUCACAAACCCUAAAGAAUGAUGACCAGGAGAGCACCACGUUGCCAUGGUGAUGCAGUCAGCCAUUUUGGUCAGGGUGUUCUCCGUCCUCCGGUUCUGGGAGAGGAGAACGUCAAGAGUGAGGCAGUUCGGCCCGAGAGCUACGAGCCGGAGGGCAGAGCCUCGUCUGACCAUGCCCACCCGAGUUGGGCGGAGUCUCUGAACGGGCUGCUGGAUGAUCAGGAUGGAAUCUCGCUGUUUCGGGACUUCCUCGCACAGGAGGGACGUGCCGACCUCAUCGACUUCUGGUUAGCGUGCAGCGGGUUUCAGCUAGCAUCCUCUGCUCCUCUGAGCUGUUCUACAGAUGUGUCAAACAAACGCAGGGUGAAGCUCGCUAAAGCCAUCUACAGGAAGUACAUCAUCACUGCUGGAACCGUGGCCAAGAAACUCAAUCCAGCCACAAAGAGUUUCAUCCAACAGCGAGUCGGUCACUCUCCACUGGACACGGCGCUCUUCCAGCAGGCCAAGCAGGAAGUGCAGGAGGUCAUGGAGCUGGAAGUGUAUCCCAGCUUCCUCAAAUCUCACGUCUUCCUCAAGUACACAGAAGAAAUCUGCACCCAAAAUCACACAUGGGAACUGAACGGUCACAAACAGGAAACAGGAAAUGACCAGAAGGAACUGAUUAACUCUGAACAACAAACAAACUGUAGACAGGAAGUAAACAGCCAAGUACAGGAACCUAAAAGGGGCACAGAGGGAGUGCCGAGGUUCUUUCCUGAGCUAAUUGAGAAAAGAGAAUGGGCGGAGUCUGAGAUAGCCAAUCACAGUAGACCAGAGGACUGGGAGGCUGGGUAUAAACUGAAGCACAGAACCAUUCUGGGGGGUGUGAAAGCUGAUGCCCACAAAACAUCCCUCUUUCACAAACCUCACAUACACCGUAUACCAAAGGACGUCCAUGCGGAGCCACAUAAGUUUGCCGCUGAUCUGAUCAGCCGUCUGGAGCUUGUUCAGAGGGAGAGAGAGACCUGGAGACGAGUGGAGGAACAUCUACACCCAAUCAGCACGCAACAGGAAAACGACGAUGCUGAGGUUUCCACGGUGUCUGCCUUAUGUUCCUCCCACCUUGUCCCUGCCCAUCAUGGCUCCUCCCACUCAGUUGUUCAGUUGUGUGACACUCACGAGAAUCCUCCUGAGAUCAUCCUGAAUCAGUCUGGUCAGAGCAUGUUGAAGACACCCGGCUGGAGUUCUGCUACAACACACACACACACACACACCUGCCCCCAGAAUAUUGACACCUGGUGUUAUUCAGACAGGGCAGGAACCAAUCAGAGUGAAGCUCUGGCUCACAGCUCCAGGAGGAAGUGUGUGUGUGAGAGCGUGACGGUGGCAUAUUAUUUCUGUGGAGAGCCCAUCCCAUACAGAACCACAGCUAAAGGUGGAGUCGUCACGCUAGGGCACUUCAGAGAGCUGCUCACUAAGAAGGGAGCCUACAGGUUCUUCUUUAAGAAAGCCAGUGACGAGUUCGACUGUGGAGUGGUGUAUGAGGAGGUGUGUGAAGAUGACACUGUCUUGCCUGUGUUUGAGGGCAGAAUCAUCGGGAAGAUUUUGGGUUUGGGUUUAGGAUCGAUGACGAUGAUGAUGAUGAUGAUGAUGAUGGGUUUAUUGGUACUAAGAGUGUGAGGAUGUACUGUUAUGACAGAAUAGGUAGGGAUGUUAUAAUGUUGUAAUAGAUAAUGUAUAAAGUGUCUUUUAGCCACUAAUUAGAUCCUUAAACACCGGUACAGUGCCUUCAGUGUUAAUGUCUCUCUGUAAACAUUUUCCUUCAACCCUUUGUGUAGAAUGUUCUGGACUUUCUGUCUGGUUUUGUUUGUUGUGUUUAUCAAUUAUAUGAACCUUUUCAAAUAAAACCUGU